CUCAGUUUGGCUGUCAUGGAUCUUGGCCUAUGACGACGCGGAAGGAGCUCGUGGGUCGACAAGGGUCCUGCGGCUGGUGCGUUGACCGCCUUCCGUAACCGCAAGCUUCACCUGACAGGACAAGUUACCUUUCAACAUUGGCUGAUACAAGGUUCGCUUUCUAUAAUUCUGCCUUGCUGUUAUCCAUGGACAGCAUCUGCAUACUUCUGUUGGUUCUCCGCGCAGCAUGACAGCCCAGCUUCUGGCGGCGGAGUUAGGGAAUUUGAUCUCGGAUUCGAAGCGCAAGAACACAGAGCUUCGAACGGCGGCAGAGAAAGCCUUACAAGAUCUCAAAUCGCUUUCCAACACUUCCGAGGCUCAGCUCUCUGCAGAUCUCUCAAGACGACCUCAAUUCUGUACACCAUUCUUGAUCGCCUGCAGUACUCAAAAUGCAAAAUUCACUUCUACUGCUGUCUCUUGCCUACAGCGUUUAAGCGUGUCCCGAGCGUUGCCUAGAGACCGGCUACCAGAGGUUCUCGAAGCCUUUAGGCAGUCUGCAACAUCGGGACAUGACGUUCAGCUGAAAAUACUGCAGGCUCUGCCUUCACUGCUACAGAAUUACCCAAAUGAGAUACGUGGAGAACCUCUCUCCACAAUACUGCAGAUAUGCUCCGGCUUGCAGAACAUCAAGAGCCCAGCAGUCAGCAACACCGCCGCUGCUACCCUGCAGCAGCUUGUCAUAGCAAUAUUCGACCGAGUUGCCAUCGAAGAUGGGAAAGCUCUCGAGAUUCCAGCAGUCACUGAAGUAAAAGGAGACGAUGGUCCUGUUCCCGUCAGACCAGCAGCAUAUGAUGCAUACAAAGUGUUCAACGACCUUAACCUUCUGGUGACAGGGGAAAAGCCAGCGUUCAUUCGCUUCUCAACAAUCCCGCCUGCCUCAAUACUUGAACUGAUCGAAGCAGUUCUAUCGAACUACGGUCAAAUCAUGGUUGAGCACCCAGAACAGGUCUAUAUACUGCGAAACCUUCUCAUGCCUCUAAUCAUACGGUCGCUAUCAGAUCGUCUAUCUUUCCCGGUCGUCGUGCGUGUCAUUCGGAUUCUGAACCUGAUCAUACGCAACUACCUGACGGUCCUCCCAUCAGAGUGUGAGAUUGCACUUGGGCUACUCAAUCACAUGCUCGACCCGCAAGCAUCACAACUGUGGAAGCGUGCCCUCUGCCUUGAGGUUUUUCGAGGCAUAUACGCUGACUCGCGGCUUCUUCUGGCCAUCUAUCAUCAGUUCGAUGCUCAAGAAGGGAAGAAAAAGAUCUUCGGUGACAACUUGGCAUCCUUUGUCCGACUAGCGACUGAGAAACCUGCUUUGAUUGGUCUAGGCCAGCAAUCUACUGCUCCAGCUGUCUAUGCCGACGACAGCAUCGCAGGAUCUGAUCAAGCAGCAGCCGCUGCAGGAGCGAUGGCAGGCGAUAUCGGCGGGCCUGUCAGCGACCGCAGCAGCAGCCGUCCGACUGGAAUAAGUGCGCAGUGGAGCUCCAUGAAAACGCCAUGCAUCGAUCAUCUCGAUAAGACAGACCCCCCUGCCCUACCAGAAACUUACAUAUAUAGCCUUGUCUUGACUUGUAUUACCAAUAUCAGUGAAAGCCUGGCUAGGUUCGUUUUGCCCCUGACAGUACAUCACGAGAGCAAAAGCCGGAAAAAGACCAAGACAGAUGACACAGCUAUUCAAGAAGGAGAAGAGCUACCAUCAAAUCAAGUCGUACAGCGACUAUCGAGGACACAAUCUUUCCGGAAGAAGACCAUACCCGUCAACCCGCUUGACCUCAGUGAUCAUCCCGGAUAUGCCUACAUAGAGACGUCAUCGAUGCUUGUCACAGAGUGCUGGCCUGCCAUUCUAGCAACCUGCUCGACGUUUCUCAACGCAUCUCUAGACGUAGACUAUUAUCGCGCUCUGGUUCGCGCAAUCCAAAAAUUCACCCAAGUUGCGGGUCUGCUCAGAAUGGCGACACCUCGCGACGCAUUCCUGACCACUAUGGGCAAAGCGGCUGUUCCCUCAAAUCUGCUGGUCGCGAACGUGGCCUCUCCCAAGGCAGCCACGUCAGAUCAAAAUGGGAUGUUCAACAACGCAAAGGGCUUGCUAAGUGUCGACAGCCUGGUAAGCCAGGCAUCCUCGGUCUCCGCAGACAACAGCAGACACCCAUCGGACACACAUAUACCCUCGCUAGGUCCCCGUAAUCUACUCUGCUUGCGAGCUUUACUCAACCUCGCAAUUGCUCUGGGGCCAACUCUUCAGUCCGCGUGGUCGAUAGUCUUUGAGACUCUGCAAGUCGCUGAUCUUGUCCUGUCGUUGUCACACCAAAGCGGCAAUCGAGGCUCAUCCCAAUUCGCUGGAUCAGAGAGCGCCGCAGAGAAGAUCGAAGCAGAGACCUCAGCAGUGCAAGCUGCUGCCCGCAGACUAUUUGAAAGCACGGUAGAUUUCCCGAACGAAUCCUUCAUUGAGGUGCUGCAAGCACUUUGCGCUCUGCUCAGUGACCCUGCUCCAACUGAGAGCGGUCAAAUGACACCUAUAGUAGCAGGCCGGCCACAAGUUCUUCGCCAGCGGAGGCUUGGUAGUGUGUCCAGGAUCUCGUUAAACACUGACACUAGUUCUCGCGAUGCAGCGUUUGCCUUGAACAAGAUUGGCGAACUGGCCGCAUUGAAUGAGGCUAGAUUGUCACAGUAUGACCCCGCGGAGAGCGGUUGGGAUACACUCGUCCAUGAGGUUGUCCGCUUCUCCGCCGAUAACCGCAAAGCGUCAGCAUCUAGACUGCUUGCAGCUGACAUCUUGUCGAGAACCGUCAGGGAAAUCGCUGAGAUCUCCAUGUACGAUGAACAGCGUGAGCAAAUCCAAGCGCGGAUACUAGCGACUUUGCAGCGGCAGAUCUCAGUGCUUCUUCUAAACGACAUCAAGACAAAAGGUGAUUACAGCGACACAGACGUUCGAGUACACCAGAUAGCACUUGACGCUUUGAAAAAUGUCAUUGAGCAGUGUGGCGAAUCACUCGUUGCAGGGUGGGCAUCAGUGCUUGAUAGCCUGCUGAGCGUCUUCCUACCCAGCGACAACAUACCGGAAGAGGAGGAGGAGGGCGGAUUGCGUAAGUCGGUAUCACAAACUCGGGUGAUCUCAAGACCGCUGGCCCGAUCUGCGUUCGCGACAAUUCAGCUCAUCUGCUCUGACUUUCUGGCAUCUGUCCCUGAUAUUUGCCUCUCAACAUUGCUAGAGCUUCUACUCAACUUCUGUGGGCAGCAAGAUGACCUGAAUAUGUCUCUCACUGCAAUUACGUUCUUUUGGAAUGUGUCGGACUUCUUGCAGUCGCGCAGCGACAUUGCUUCGCUCCCCAGUGUGAUUGGAGACGCCCAGCAAUUUGACGAGAUUCAGGCCUUGGUGAAGUCAAACUCAGAAGGAGGCCAUACGCCUUCUCUAUGGCUUCAGGUGUUACUGAAUCUGUGCUCUACUACCACAGACAGGCGCGCUGAAGUGCGAAAUUCAGCGGUUCAAACGAUCCAACGAAUCUUCGAGAACUACACUGAUCAACUGUCCUCAGAUGCAUGGAUGCUUUGCCUUCGCGCGGUGCUGUUGGAAGCAAUAUCAGCAAAUCUUGCUUCACAGAGUGCUGUACGACACGGCCCUCGCAAUACUGCUGCUGACAUUGCGAGUUGGAAUGAGACUACAAAAGUCCUAUUGCAUAGUGUCAGCACACUCAUUACCAUGCGGCUACAAAAGGUUGAUGACAUUGCUACCUUUGGUGGAUCAUGGUCAAAUAUACUAGACCGUCUGCAGCAGUAUUUCGCCUUUGGCUCGCACGCCAUUGGUUCCUGCGUCUUUACAACUAUCACGACUGUCCUGUCACAUCUGUCUGACACAAAAGCAUUGGGCGAAUCGUCUCUGCAUGAGACAGCUAUGGUUUGGAAAAGCUACCUUGAUACCCACAACACGGAUCCUGGGGAUAAUCAAGAAGCGUUCGUGGCUUAUGCGGACGCGUUCAAGGCAAUCUAUCGGUUGGCUGGUCAGAGCAUUGACUCGGACCUUCCCUCGAUGUUGUCCCACCUGGAGACCUGCAUCAUCGAGUCCAAUGUCAUUGCUUACUCAACGGACGUCGAUACCAUGACACCACUCCAAAUUAGGAUCCUUGAGUGCUUGUCACUCAUCGACACCACAGGACCAAACCUUCCGUCACACGUAAUUGGGCUGCUAGGUCGCUUCAGUGUGUUACCAUACACAUCGGUAGCACAUCAAUCAGAGAGACAAGGGCCCACCUUUGUUGCGCUUGCCAAAGCGUCGAUGACCAUGCUUGAAGAGGUGGCCAUUAGGCACAUCGAACGCAAACAAAUAUACACGGAUGGAUCCUUCAACACCGCCCUGUCACAUCUAGCCCGGCCGAUUAAAGAAAAAUAUGCAUGGCAAAAGGAAGGAAAGUCUCCGACACUCUGGCAGAAAGCCACGACCACUGCUAUAGCCAUGCUACAAGUAGGUCUUUCACAAGCACAGGCCCGCGGCAUCAGCGGUGAUCCGUUGAACGACAUAUGGUCCACAGUGGUCGACAUAGCUCAUCAGAUCACAUGUGCUCAACAUCUCGAUCCGGAGAACCCCCCACUUUCUCUAGAGACAGACCAAGACUUCGACAUCCAAUGUUUUACAGAAUUACGCGAUCUGAUCACCGUGCGGCUCAACUCUGCCUCUUUACCCGACUCCCUCCGCAGAACGUACACGCGAAACCUCUUCUCCAUCUCCCUCGUCCACAGUCCUCUGCAAGGUGAACUUCCGGAUCUUGCGACCUCCCCACUUGACGAUCUCUACAAAACUAGACUUGGUCAAACCGCUGUUCUGCCCGCCAAUCUCCGGUCAAAGAUGAGCUAUGCAUGCACUUCCGAACUCUUCACACUCGUCACUGCACACUCGGAUGGGACCUCACACACCAAGCUCGCCCAGGCAGCAGCGCCCUACCUCAUUUUGCGCGCCGCUGUGCCGCUCAAGACGUACAUUGCGGAUCAUCCGCUUCGCGGACGCAUGCCUGCUCCGGACUCGCAACGCAAGGAGCUCCUGCAUGUGCUCGCCAGACUCGAAGAAUUGGAGAGCGAGCCCAAAGCCAUCCCGGAUGCACCAGGGGUUAAGUCAAAGCAUAGGAAGCAUCUACAUCGGCUAUAUCCGCUGCUUGUGAAGGCUACGAGAGCGGCACGUCAGGACUCGGUGGUGUUUGAGCGCUUGCUGAAGCUGACGGACAUGGUCGGAGAGGAGUUCGACGAGCAUGAUGAGAAUGAUGAGUAGGGACUAGUGCGUAUUUGGAACCACACUCGAGGACUGGUGGGUUGAAUAGAAGCUGGAGCAUGUAGGCUUAGUCCAUUGUGGCGGAUACGUGUGUAAUGACUCGAGCGACCGAGUCAACGUUGGAAUGUUCAUAGUCUAGGAGCAGGAUAGAUGAAAUACAUCUUUAUACUACCUUGUCUGCUUGUACCUAGC